AUCUGCCAUCAUAGAGAUUGAAAAUUUUCCAUGCAUUAGCCAUUGUUCAUGUAUAUAAGAAAACAGGAGUGUUUGCUAAUGCAGAAAUUCCUAAUCUCUAUAAAUGGAUAUAUGUCUUUUGUAAGUAUAUUUUUCGGCAUAGGUACCCUUAUACUUGGAUACACCUGGCUGAAAUUCGAGAUUGCCAAGCCUAUUUCACAGAUUCCAAUAAUACUCAAAGGAAUACCUGAAGAGCCAUUUUUUCAUGUAGUUUUCAUGCUUUUAGGAGUCUACAUCUUGCUAUGGAUAAUUUGGGAAUAUUUCUCAAACCGCCCAAGUGUUUUAGUCAAAUCACAUUCAAAGAAAAUAACCCCGCAGGAGUAUGAGCUACAGAAAAACGUUUAUACAAGAGUUGAACUAGCUAGACUUUUAAGAUCACCUGAAUAUGGACAAUUUAAUCAAAAAGAAGCGCGAAAUGCCGAAGGAAAUCCAGGAAAUUAA